GGCUCCGGCGCUGCUGCUCGAGUUGUCUUGUGCUGCAGCAGUGGAAACGUGACUUCCAAGAUUUUUUUUUUUAAAAAAGGAAAAUAUCACCCCCCUUCUCUUCUCCCCCUCCCCUUCCCCAAGAUGUAAACUACACCUCGGACAUUACGGGCCUACAGAUCGCUUUUGGUGGCUUUGGAAGGGUGAAAAAAAAAGGGGGGGCAAUCAAGGGCGUCUUUUUGUGUGUUUGUGUGUGUGUGUUUAAGGGCGUAAAAAUUCCAUUAUGAAUGUCCCCCUCUAAAGUGGAGAUUUCCCCCCCCUUCCUAUAUUCCGUCUUUUCUUCUUCUCCUUCGCCUUCUUCUCUUUUGACCCCGCCACCCAACAUAUUUUGGAUUUAUUACAAGGAGAAUUGCAUUGUGUGCGAAGAAAAUCGGAUUACAAGGAAACCACUACAAACCAGAAACCACACAAAAAAAGGAUUCCUCCCCUCCUUCCAAAUUGGUUGCGGCUUUUAAUUCAUGAAGCAGUUUCCCCCAUUUGCAAUCCGAACCUGGAUAUCAGAAUGAGCAAAGAAAGACCCAAGAGGAAUAUUAUUCAAAAGAAAUACGAUGAUAGUGAUGGGAUUCCUUGGUCAGAGGAGAGGGUGGUACGAAAAGUCCUUUACUUAUCUCUAAAGGAAUUCAAGAAUUCGCAGAAGAGGCAGCACGGUGACGGCAUCAACGGGAGCCUCAAGGGUGUGAAUGGACUCCUUAGUAACGGCCAGUCUAAAGGAUUAGGACCGGGGUCGGAACACCUAGAGAACGAGAAGGACGAUGCCUCACAAGUAUCCUCCACUAGCAACGAUAUUAGUUCUUCAGAUUUUGAAGAAGGGCCGUCAAGGAAAAGGCCGAGGCUGCAAGCACAGAGGAAGUUUGCUCAGUCCCAGCCAAACAGCCCCAGCACAACUCCCAUAAAGAUAGUGGAGCCAUUAUUGCCCCCUCCAGCAACGCAGAUUUCUGACCUCUCCAAAAGGAAGCCCAAGACGGAAGAUUUCCUUACGUUUCUCUGCCUUCGAG